UAUGAGAAAAUAAAUCACCAAAAAUUCUCAAAAGCAAUCCAAACAAUCUGGUGUAAACAAAAAGAUAGUAAAAGAACCUAAAUAAGAGGCAAAUCUUCGAAUUUUGCAUAUGACAGAAGAAUAAUAUUAAGAGAAAAUCUCAAAUUUGGAAUCUAGAAUUGCUGAACUUCAAGGUCCUGACAAUUAAACUAAGAGAAAGAGAUUGUAUCAUGAGUUAGCAUAAUUAAAAAAAAAUGUGAAAUUAAUCGGUAUUAAAGUAAAUUUAUAGCAGAUCCAAAUGUAAUUGAGGAAAAGAAAUAAAAAGAUUUAGAAAGAAGAAUUUAAAAGAAGUUAACUAAAAAGUAAUAAGUAGUUGAAGAAAUAUAAAAGGAAAAAAAGUAAAUAAAAAUGAAAGAGAAAGAUAAAGUUUGUCUAGUAUGCAAGAAAAUUGGACAUACUGCUUAACAUUGUAGAGAUGUAUUAAAUUUCAAUCAAAUUUUAGAAUGUUCAACCAACUACUGAUGUUAUUUGUUAUAAUUGUGGUUCUUAGAAACAUACACUCAAAGAUUGUUAAAAACCUAAAUCUGGCUCAUUAAAAUUCGCUACAUGCUUUGUUUGCAAAGAAACUGGACAUAUUAGUAGGGAUUGUCCCAAGAAUCCUAAAGGAUUAUAUGCAUAUGGUGGUGGAUGCUAUAUUUGCAGCAGCACUCAUCACACUUAAGCUAACUGUCCUUAAAAUCCUAAGAAUAGAAUCAUCUCAUAAUAAUAGUAAAAAUAAUAGGAUGAUUUCAUGAGUGAUUGA